GGGGGUCGGGCCGAGGGCGGCACCAGUCCUCUCUGCUCCGCUACCCACCCUGCUCCCACCACCCACCGAUCCUCCUUACCCCUUAUCAAAAGCACCAGGUGUGUCUUCCCCGUCCCAGGAGGCACCUGGCCCUCCCAUCCCCCUCCUUCCAGGAUUCACUGCCUCCUGGGUUGGUACUCCCAUCCCUUUGUCCCACCCUUAUCUACUGGAGGAGGGCGGGUAGGCCAUGGGAAGGGGCCCUUGGAGCCCCAAGAGAUGAUAGUGUUUUCUAGAAAAUCCAAGAAGAUGCCUGGGUAGUUGUGCAGACCCAGCCUCCAGCUGCCCAGAGAGUGUGGGUCAGGGGCAGCGUGCAGAUGUAAAGCAGGCCAGUUCAUAGAUGUUGCCUUACCCACCGGACAGCUCCACGGCUCUGCCUCCUAGGUGCUGUGCUGUGAUGCACAGUGGCUUCCACUGGUCUUACUGAACGCAUGUGACACUAUCAUGUGAACACCUGAAAUGACCCUCCGGAGGAAAGAAGGAGGGGCCCGGCUGGGCACUGAAGACAGAGGCUAGGAGAUAGUGGCUAAGGUAGUGGCAGACAUGGAAGCAUGUGACAGGUGGCAUUCUAGAUGAAGGGACUCAGCCCCAGAAGGGCAAGGUGGGCCUGGGUGAGGCUGUUGGGAAGUUGUAGUGUCCUCUUGGGGUUAGGAGGCUGUGCUCUGAACAUCAUGGGGCACUUGUGAAAUGGGCAAAACUCCAGGAGGACUUUUGUAAUUGAAGAAAGAAAAGAGCCAUUGGAGACACAGGGUGCCCCCCCCCCUUUUUCUUUUUUUGUGCACUGUCACUGGGAAACAGUCUGUUUUGAGAGAAAAAGCAUAGGACCUGGAGACUAUAGGCCAGCACUCUAGUGCCUGCUCUUUCACAGAUUACAUGGCUCCAUGUGAGUAAUGUAAAAUGUUGCAUGGCUUCAUAUGAGUAAUGUAAAGUAUUAUUAUCCGCAAAUAAUAUUUGAGUCCUUGGUGUGCACAUAGAAUAGUUUUAGACGAGCUAGCUGUUGAAUAAGCAGAAGGCAUUUCCUAUGUCCUCUGGGUGCAGACGAGUAUCACCUACAUUCACAGAAUGUAAAUGCCUGUCUGUCUGAUUCAUCCAUUCAUUCGAUGCUUAUUUAGGGUUUUACUAUGAGCCAGGCACACUGCACAAGACCCUGGACCACUUUGAUGUAGUGUGUUUGUUCCUACUUUCAUUUCACAAAAGGAUUAUGAAUGUUGGGAGAAAGGACUGUCUAGAUAAAUACACACAGACUUUCACAGAGCCAGAGCGAUGUCGUAAUAUUGAAAAGUAUGCAGUGGGAUACAAUUUUAGUUAAUCUGGAGGAGGUUUGUGGGAAAAUUAGAGAGAAUUGGCCUGGUUUCUUUCAAAGCCACAAGCAGUGAAGAGAUUAGGGGGAGGAAAAAAAAAAAAGACCCUGAGCAUAUUAGAGAACCUAGAGCUUCUCAGGGCAAAUGUUGGUACCCUCAUUCCCUGCCCUUGAUUUCAGAACUGUAACUGGACUGAGGACUAAUCUCACUGCACAGAUUAAGGAGGGAAGCAGAGAGGUACAGAGGGUGAGGAGUGGAUGCCUGGUGUUAUUCAACAAGCAUCUGUGAGCCCUGCUCUGGGUGGCCUCAGAAUAGGUGAACAAGAUGCUGUCCCUGCCCUCGGAAAACUUGGGCAGUAAUAAAUAACCACCAACAGUACAAAGCACCUAUUGUGUAAGGCACUAUUAUAGAGGAGAAUGUGAGUAUAGUGAAGGCACAAUGGUGGGAGUGUUUAGUUAAACCUAUCUUGGGGCAGGCAAGGGAUGAUAGAGUAGAAUCGCUCACGCAGGACUUCCCUGAUGAUCCAGUGGUUGAGACUCAGUGCUCCUAAUGCACUGGUUAGAUGCGUCGUCAGGGAACUAGACCCGCAUGCUGUGACUAAGACUCCUGUGCAGCCAAAUAAAUAAAUAUUUGAAAGAAAGUUAAAGGAAAAAAUUUCUCACAAAGCAGGGGAUCUUGAAUAGAAGCUCUUAAAUGAGUGGAUGCUGCUAACCCGUAGGUGCCUUACUGUAAAUUAGCAGAAGGGCGCACAGCUGGGCUAGUGGAGCCUGCUCACCCAGGUGCACUUGCGCAGUGAACAUCACACACUGCCGUAUGGGGCAGUUGCUUUUGCUGAAUGGACAGGAGUGGCAGGAGCACUGGGGACAUGAGCAAAGGCACAAAGAUGGGAAAUUCAGAAAGCAGAAGGAGGACGGCGAAGGCUUUGAACUCUGGAGCAGAGUUCCCUGAGGUCGUCCCCCUUAACAUCGGAGGGGCUCACUUCACCACACGCCUGUCCACCCUGCGGCGCUACGAGGACACCAUGCUGGCGGCCAUGUUCAGCGGGCGACACUACAUCCCCACCGACGCCGAGGGCCGCUACUUCAUCGACCGCGACGGCACACACUUCGGCGAUGUGCUGAACUUCCUGCGCUCGGGGGACCUGCCACCGCGGGAGCACGUGCGGGCCGUGUACAAGGAGGCCCAGUACUACGCCAUUGGGCCCCUCCUGGAGCAGCUGGAGAACAUGCAGCCACUGAAGGGGGAGAAGGUGCGCCAGGCAUUCCUGGGGCUCAUGCCCUACUACAAAGACCACUUGGAGCGGAUCGUGGAGAUCGCUCGGCUGCGCGCCGUCCAGCGGAAGGCCCGCUUUGCCAAGCUCAAGGUCUGCGUCUUCAAGGAGGAGAUGCCCAUCACCCCCUACGAGUGCCCGCUGCUGAACUCGCUGCGCUUCGAGCGGAGCGAGAGUGACGGGCAGCUCUUUGAGCACCACUGUGAAGUGGACGUGUCUUUCGGGCCCUGGGAGGCCGUGGCUGACGUUUACGACCUGCUGCACUGCCUGGUCACGGACCUGUCGGCCCAGGGCCUCACCGUGGACCACCAGUGCAUUGGGGUGUGCGACAAGCACCUCGUCAACCACUACUACUGCAAGCGCCCCAUCUAUGAGUUCAAGAUCACGUGGUGCAGGAGGAAGAUGAGCCUUAAGUCUGAACGCCGAGGAAUUCAUGUGGAUCAAUCAGAACUCCUCUGCAAGAAAGGAUGUGGUUACUACGGCAACCCUGCUUGGCAGGGUUUCUGCUCCAAGUGCUGGAGGGAGGAGUACCACAAAGCCAGGCAGAAGCAGAUUCAGGAGGAUUGGGAACUGGCAGAGCGUCUGCAGCGGGAGGAAGAAGAGGCCUUUGCCAGCAGUCAGAGCAGCCAAGGGGCCCAAUCCCUCACAUUUUCCAAGUUUGAAGAGAAGAAAACCAAUGAGAAGACCCGCAAGGUUACCACAGUGAAGAAAUUCUUCAGUGCUUCAUCCAGGGUUGGAGCAAAGAAGGCAGAAAUUCAGGAAGCAAAAGCUCCCAGUCCUUCCAUAAACCGGCAAACCAGCAUUGAAACGGAUAGAGUGUCUAAAGAGUUCAUAGAAUUUCUCAAGACCUUCCACAAGACAGGCCAAGAAAUCUAUAAGCAGACCAAGCUGUUUUUGGAAGCAAUGCAUUACAAAAGGGACUUAAGCAUUGAGGAGCAGUCAGAAUGUACUCAGGAUUUUUACCAGAAUGUGGCUGAAAGAAUGCAGACUCGUGGAAAAGUGCCUCCAGAAAGAGUUGAGAAGAUAAUGGAUCAGAUUGAAAAGUACAUCAUGACUCGUCUCUAUAAAUACGUGUUCUGCCCAGAAACUACUGAUGAUGAGAAGAAAGAUCUUGCUAUUCAGAAGAGGAUCAGAGCCCUGCACUGGGUUACACCGCAGAUGCUUUGUGUCCCUGUCAAUGAAGAAAUUCCAGAAGUGUCCGACAUGGUGGUGAAAGCAAUUACAGAUAUCAUUGAGAUGGAUUCGAAGCGUGUGCCCCGGGAUAAGCUGGCCUGCAUCACCAGGUGCAGCAAGCACAUCUUCAAUGCCAUCAAGAUCACCAAGAGCGAGCCGGCUUCAGCCGAUGACUUCUUACCCACGCUCAUCUACAUUGUCUUGAAGGGCAACCCCCCACGCCUUCAGUCCAACAUUCAGUACAUCACCCGCUUCUGCAACCCAAGCCGGCUGAUGACGGGCGAGGAUGGCUACUAUUUCACUAAUCUGUGCUGUGCCGUGGCUUUCAUUGAGAAAUUAGAUGCUCAGUCUUUGAAUUUAAGUCAGGAAGAUUUUGAUCGAUACAUGUCUGGCCAGACUUCUCCAAGGAAGCAGGAAUCUGAGAGUUGGUCUCCUGAUGCUUGCUUAGGUGUGAAGCAGAUGUACAAGAAUUUGGACCUCCUGUCUCAGUUGAAUGAACGACAGGAAAGGAUUAUGAAUGAAGCUAAGAAACUUGAGAAAGACCUCAUAGAUUGGACAGAUGGAAUCGCAAAAGAGGUUCAAGACAUUGUUGAGAAAUACCCACUUGAAAUUAGACCCCCAAAUCAGUCUGUAGCAGCUAUUGACUCUGAAAAUGUUGAAAAUGAUAAACUUCCUCCACCGUUGCAACCUCAAGUUUAUGCAGGAUGAUGAAAACUUAACAUGGAUAGUAUUUAUUUGAGCCUGAAUUGUAGCCAGCCCUUCCUGCAGUCCACUGAUUGGGGUCUAGAGUAUAACUUAAUUGCUUAGAAGUAUCACAGUGUUUUUAAAGGUACAGUUUGUGGGGAUUGUUUUGCUCGUUUUGUUUUCCUGUCAGGGGAGGCUUAGUAAAUAAUAAAGUACUAUUUAUUGAGUCACUGAAAUAGAUUCAUUUAAGGCUUGUGUGAAAAGUUUGUCUAUAAAUCUAUUUUUUUCUCCAUGGUUUUCCUAUGUGCUUCCUCUGUGGCAUUCACUGUGUUUUUGCAUUUGGUUAAAUAAUUGCCUUUUAAAGGAGAAAACAAAUGAAUGCUACAAAAAAUGUAUGUGGUACCGCUGUUCUACAGUUUGACAUACUUUUAUAAUUGUAAAGAUAGAAGAUAUAUUGCUAAGUAAAUAUGUAAAAUUGUAAAUAUGUAAAAAAAAAGGAAUGAUGUCCGCUGUGCAUGGCAUUUUCAUGUGUUAAUUCCAUUUCUUUUUGUUUGUUUGAAAUGAAGUAUAUUGAAUAUUUGCCUUUUAACACUGUUUUAUUUGGUUUGCCCCACUAAAAUGAAUGCAGAAAUACUUAGACACACUGUCCCUGAAAUGUUGGCUCCAGCUUUAACAAUGUGUUAGCCCUAACUUUGAGGUCCUGUUCAGUCAAAGAACAUGACACCAUUGAAUCACGUUUUCAGUCAUGAGAAGUUACUGUUCAGUACAGUCGAUUGGAGACUGAACCGUGCUUCCAGCGCCUCUGUCCUCCUUCCAUUCAGCAGAUACUCCCUGAGCUCUUGGUUAGGGUGGUGGCCCUAAGUCUUGAGUCAGAAGCCAGGAAUGAAUAGGUCUCUGCAGGUGAGAGCUAAUGGAACAUUUCUCUGAGCUUUAAAGUGUAGAGGCAAGAGAGGGAGGCGUCUCUGCUUCCAUAGUGUGCUUGUGACUAUGGACAGCCCAGUCACAUGUCACAUAAGCCUCUUUCAGGGUUUCUCAACCUCAGUACUAUUUGGAGCCUGAGGACAUUUUAUUUGGCGCCACCUCGUGUAUUGUAGAGUAUUUAGUGGUGUUGCUGGCGUCUACGCCCACUAGACACCAGUAGCAGCCCCCCAGUUGUGAAAAAUCGUCUCCAAACAUUGCCAGAUAUCUCCUGGGGGACAGAAUUGCCCCCAGUUAGGGACUGCUGAUCUGUUUUGUAAGCAAAGGCGUUUUCCUCCUGAUGGUUAAUAUGAUAUAACCAAAGAAAAUGGCGCCAAAUGUACAGUGAAAUGUGAACUCAGAGCUCAUUCGGUAAAGCUCUCCAGCCCCUGGCAGCGUGGAGCCUUGUCUAAUCCUGGUGGAGCCUUUCACAACUAAAUACACCAUCAUGAUGCUCCUCACAAUCUGAUGUCUGCAGACUCUCAGAGUACCUGGGAAAUUGUAAUUCCCAGGGCACCAUUUUUGCACAAGAUCACAUCACACAAGCAGUUAAGAAAGCUUCCUUUGCGUUUCCAGUAUCUUCCUCAUGGUGUACCACAGAUGUGUAGUGCAAUAGUUUUGGAAUAAAACUAGGGUGGGUGUAAAACUUAUUAUCCCUUUCUUAAAGUAAUGUCUAAAAUGCAUCACGUUGAUACAUCUAUUGUCCUAAAGCACUGAAGAAUGAAGCAGUUAACUGAGUCAGCUGAUCACCAAGCUCACUUGAAAUAUUACCAAGUGUCUGGAGAAUGUGCUCAUAGAAACCCGGGCCCAGAUGGUCUUCGUAGAGAGCUUUCCCCUUUUUUCUUUUCUAUGUACUUUCUAGGUGCUAAUCCAGGUAUACAUACACACUCUUACUUCUCCUGGGAAUAUACCGUUCUUUUAGUCAUUGUACAUUAUGUUUAUUAAAUAAAAUGUGCAUAUCAGCCUCCCCCAAAAAA